AUGCCCACUCCUCGAUUCACAGACAUCACGGGAUACUGCUACGAUGAGGCUACAGACGGAUACCUGACGUGCACAGUGACUCACCCUUCCGAGAUCUCCAUCGCCAGCCAGAACCUCACCAUUCCAGUGGAUGAUGUGAAGUUCAGCAAUCUGUCCUGCACUGGGCUGGAGGGACGCUACGAUGCGUACAGAAUCCUCUGGAUCCCAAACCCCGAGACAGAGCCGGGCUAUACGGGCAGGAUCUCUCACAUCGUGAGGGGCCAGGCACCGUCCUCCACGAGUGCUGCACCGCUUGAGCCCGACGACAGCUUGGGUGCGUACAUGACGCCGGAACAGAGCCAGGAUCGAGAGCCCGGAAUUUUCAAGAUUGUCCGUUCCCUUGGUCUGACUGCGGACAGAAAGAUUGUGUUGUCUUCCCUACCGGCGCCAAGCGAGGGAGAGAAAGGGGUCUUGCCUGACAACCUGAUACGACCGCAAUGGGAUGGCACGUGGAUGACUGCGAAGGGGCUGAAAUGGUGGGCCGGUGAGACGGAUGAGCAGUACGCCCAUGACCCGGAGAUCGCAACGACGGCCAUCACCGAGGACAUGUUCGCCAUUGAGCCCCAGGAAGUUGACUUUGGUGAUCUGCCUUGGAAUUUUGACGCCUGA